GAGGCUCUGCCCAGAGCCUUCAGGGUGGGCAUCCUGGGCUGGACAGGUGACUGAAGUGUGGCAGCAAGGGAGAAUGCGCCUCUCUAAAACCCUCGGUGACAUGGACAUGGCUGACUACAGUGCUGCGUUGGACCCGGCCUACACCACCCUGGAGUUUGAGAAUGUGCAGGUGCUGACGAUGGGCAAUGACACAUCCCCAUCAGAAAGUGCCAACCUCAACACAACCAACAGCCUGGGUGUGAGCGCCCUGUGUGCCAUCUGUGGGGACCGAGCCACCGGGAAACACUAUGGGGCCUCGAGCUGUGAUGGCUGCAAAGGUUUCUUCCGGAGGAGCGUAAGGAAAAACCACAUGUACUCCUGCAGGUUUAGCCGACAGUGCGUGGUGGACAAAGACAAGAGGAACCAAUGCCGCUACUGCAGGCUCAAGAAGUGUUUCCGGGCUGGCAUGAAGAAGGAAGCUGUUCAGAACGAACGGGACCGGAUCAGCACGCGCAGGUCAAGCUACGAAGACAGCAGCCUGCCCUCCAUCAAUGCGCUUCUGCAAGCUGAAGUCCUGUCUCAGCAGAUCACCUCCCCUGUCUCUGGGAUCAACGGUGACAUCCGGGCUAAGAAAAUCGCCAGCAUCGCAGACGUGUGUGAGUCCAUGAAGGAGCAGCUGCUGGUGCUUGUUGAGUGGGCCAAGUACAUCCCGGCUUUCUGCGAGCUCCCCCUGGAUGACCAGGUGGCCCUGCUCAGAGCCCAUGCCGGUGAACACCUGUUGCUGGGAGCCACCAAGCGAUCCAUGGUGUUCAAAGAUGUGCUGCUGCUAGGCAAUGACUACAUCGUGCCGCGGCACUGUCCGGAGCUGGCGGAGAUGAGCCGAGUAUCCAUGCGCAUUCUAGACGAGUUGGUACUGCCCUUCCAGGAGCUGCAGAUUGAUGACAAUGAGUAUGCCUGCCUCAAAGCCAUCAUCUUCUUCGACCCAGAUGCCAAGGGGCUGAGCGACCCGGGCAAGAUCAAGAGGCUGCGUUCCCAGGUCCAGGUGAGCCUGGAGGAUUACAUUAAUGACCGCCAGUACGACUCACGUGGGCGCUUUGGCGAGCUGCUAUUACUGCUGCCCACGCUGCAGAGCAUCACCUGGCAGAUGAUCGAACAGAUCCAGUUCAUCAAGCUCUUUGGCAUGGCCAAGAUUGACAACUUAUUGCAGGAGAUGCUGCUGGGAGGGUCCUCCAGUGAUGCACCCCAUGCUCACCACCCCCUGCACCCUCACCUGAUGCAGGAACACAUGGGCACCAAUGUCAUUGUGGCCAACACAAUGCCUGCUCAUCUCAGCAAUGGACAGAUGUGUGAGUGGCCCCGUCCCAGGGGGCAGGCAGCCACCCCUGAGACUCCUCAGCCCUCACCUCCAGGAGGCUCAGGGUCUGAGCCCUACAAGCUCCUACCGGGAGCCAUCGCCACGAUUGUCAAGCCACCUUCGUCCAUCCCCCAGCCAACCAUCACCAAGCAGGAAGUCAUCUAGCAAGUCAUUGGGGGUCGCGGGCUAUGCUGGCUCCUCCUAACCGUCUUUAGGAGCACCUGGUGAUCAUGUGAUGACAGCCAAGAAAGGCAUGACAACAGGACCAGUCCCAGAGCAGUAACAGAAAGGGCAAAGGGUCC